UUGAAAAUAAAAAAACGGAAAUAAAAACCGAUGAACAGACCAGCAUACUGAAGGUCGGAUUGAUAGCAUUUCCCUGUGGAUAUUGUGUAUCAGAUUACCUCCGACAUAGGGAUAAAAUUAUCAGGACAACAGGUCAAUCAGAUAGACAGACAGACGUACUGUAGAUAGAGCUAUCAACGAUGGUGGUCCCUGGCUCUCAACACAAGAUGUACCAUCCUCCGGAGGGUUUGCAGAAGGAUGCUCAUGUGCCUGACUUCAACUGUUAUCUGGAACUUUACAAGAAGUCUAUUGAGGAGCCGGAUGUAUUCUGGAAAGAGGUUGCUAGUGAUUUCUAUUGGAAGAAACCUCCUACGGGUCAGAUUCUGCAGUAUAACUUCGAUGUGACCAAAGGGAACAUCUAUGUGAAGUGCAUGGAGGGAGCCACAACUAACAUGUGCUACAACGUCCUGGACAGGAACGUGAAGGACAAGAACCUUGGUGAACGAGUGGCAUUCUACUGGGAGGGGAACUCACCUGAUCACCACGAGGCCAUCACUUACAGUCAGCUGCUUGGACAGGUGUGCAGGUGUUCCAACACUCUGAAGCAGAUGGGAGUGAGGAAGGGAGACAGGGUGGCCAUCUACCUCCCGAUGAUUCCAGAGCUGGUGUACACCAUGCUGGCCUGCACCAGGAUAGGAGCUGUCCACUCCAUCGUGUUUGCAGGUUUCUCCGCUGAGUCUCUGUGUGAGAGGAUAAUGGAUUCCCAGUGUAGUAUCCUGGUGACUGCAGAUGGUGUGUACAGAGGGGAGAAGUUGAUCAAUCUGAAACAGAUAGCAGACGAGGCUCUGGAGAAAUGUAGGGAGAAAGCAUCCGCCACUGUUACAAGAUGUUUAGUAGUGAAACAUCAUGCACUGAGGACACAAGAUGGAGAUGUUUCCAACAAAUUGCAGACUCCGUGGGAUGCUGCGUGUGAUGUGUGUUGGGAGGAGGUGAUGGGACAGGUCUCAGAGCAGUGUGAACCUGAGUGGCUGGAUGCAGAGGAUCCUCUCUUUAUACUUUAUACCAGCGGAUCUACUGGCAAACCAAAGGGUGUCCUCCACACGGUAGCAGGCUACCUGCUCUACACCUCUCUGACCUUUAAGUAUGUGUUUGACCACCAGCCAGACGAUGUGUACUGGUGUACCGCAGAUAUAGGAUGGAUCACAGGACACUCCUACAUCACCUAUGGACCCCUGGCCAAUGGGGCUACCAGCGUACUGUUUGAGGGCAUUCCAGUCCACCCUCACGUUGGGCGUUUCUGGGAGGUGAUUGAGAAGUACAGAGUGACCAAGUUCUACACAGCUCCCACAGCCAUACGCCUCCUGAUGAAGUACGGAUUACAUCCAGUACAGAAGUACGACCUGUCAUCGCUGAGGAUUCUGGGUACUGUAGGUGAGCCCAUCAACCCGGAGGCGUGGCAUUGGUACCACGAGGUGAUUGGUCAGAAGAGAUGCCCUGUGGUGGACACCUUCUGGCAGACCGAGACGGGAGGCCAUGUUUUAACUCCUUUACCUGCCGCUACACCUCUGAAACCUGGAUCAGCUACGUUUCCUUUCUUUGGCGUGGAGCCCACCAUACUGAACGAGCAUGGAGAGGAACUGGAGGGAGAGGCAGAGGGCUAUCUG